AGUGAGAGAGUUUUGAAGUCAACUCACCGAGGAAGAGGAGGAGAAUCUAAGAAUUGCUUCGCCGGUUUUCCACUUGUAUUCUUGAUUUCCACUGAAUCAGCGGCGCUUGACACUCUUGGUCGUGCCUUCUUUGAAAAAGGACGGAUAAUGUUGUGAUGGAUAUUUCACACUGCUUUUGCAUGCCUUGAUCUUCUGGUCUCUUCCUUUGAGAGAUAUUCAAAAGAAAAAGCAACUAAGUAAAAGAGAAAAAUCUGAGUAUCAUGUCCAGAUAAAAUUUCAAAAGAGGCAUUCUUUUACCAUUUCGGAGCCUGAAAAGAGACUAGAAAGCAAACAGUUACUGAUGGAAAUUUUCCUCCUCUUGGUAUUGUCAUGCUUUUGCAUGAAUGUAAGAGCUGAGGAGGAAAAUGGCAGAAAAAUAGAUGCUGUUGCAAUUCCAAGGCAAGUUCUUUUUCAAGCAAGACCAUGCGUCACGCCGGACAGAGCACCUGGAUACUGCACUGCAAUAGCUCGAUGCCCGCAAUUGGUUCUGGAUUUGAACCGGCUUCGAAGAUCAGUAUGCAUGCAGAACUUAAUUGUCCUCGGUGUUUGCUGCCCUGUAGUGCAGACACUCGUUGCAGUUCCUUCAACUUCUCCAGCAGGUCCGUCUACUAAUAACAAUACUUCGACCACCACACCUGCACCUCCUUCAACAACUACAGUAGCCAGUUCUUCUUCUGCACCACAACAAGUUAUCAACAACGACCAAAUGGACACUUACAUAUCCAGCAUCAUUGAAUCACCGCCUUUGCAUUAUAUCUCUUAUAGUGGACCAGACAGUAUUAUUGGCUAUAAACCACCUUUUGACAAUCAACCGUUUGAUUUACAAUCAUCUAAUUCGGAUAUUCAUGGUACUUGUGGUAUAGGGGGAAGGAACGCUAGGGUUGUUGGAGGUCAUGAAAGUUAUCCAGGACAAUGGCCGUGGAUGGCUGCUCUCUUCAUUAUCACUGCUCGGGGAAAAGAAUUUUGGUGUGGGGGUUCCUUAAUAAAUAGUAUGUAUAUUUUGACAGCAGCACAUUGUUUAUCAGACAGAAGGGGCUACAAGUACAAUCCUCGUCAAAUGGUUGUACGGCUAGGAGAGCAUCACUUGCUGAAUUCGGAUGGGAAAGGCAUUCAAGAAUAUGGAGUGGCAUCUUUAAAACCUCAUCCUCAGUUCCAAAGAAAUGGAUUUUACAAUGAUAUAGGUCUAGUAAAAUUAUCACGGCCAGUUAAAUUUACAGAUUAUAUACAGCCAGUAUGCUUGCCCAGUAAAUCGAUGAAGUCCAUGGUAGGAGUAAUGGCGACUGUUGUCGGUUGGGGAGCAAUGAAUUACGGUACUCGAGGCACAGGCUCCAUGCAGCAAGUAUCGAUGCCUAUUUGGGACAACAAAGAUUGCGAUCAGAGGUAUUAUCAACCUAUUACAAGUAAUUUCGUUUGCGCUGGUUAUAAUGAAGGAGGAAAAGAUGCUUGUCAGGGUGACUCCGGGAGCCCUUUAAUGGUGCCGAAUAAUUCUCGGCAAUGGACUGUGGUUGGAAUUGUUUCUUUUGGAACAAAGUGCGCGUCUCCUGGUUAUCCUGGAGUUUAUACAAGAGUAUCAGAAUACAUAGACUGGAUUAGGCAAAAUAUGCACUAAGAAUAAAUAAAUAUUAAAUUAUAGGCAGACAUGAAGUCUGUGAUAGGACCUACUUGACGCAAAAAUGAUGUAGCGUAAAGCUUUCCAAGAAGUGAAAUUUUCUGUGAGACCUUUUCUGCAACACAGUGCGAAAGAGUUGGUCUUCCAGUAACAAGUGAAUCUACUGACUGACUGAUCUACUGUUAAUAGUAAUGUGUGUCUGCCAAAUACUUCACAGUGAUCUAAAGUCAGGACGUGCUGCUGCAUGGAACUUAGAAAUGUGGAACAAAGUUGUCCAUUUCACUGCAAAAGUUCUUUAUAUAUAGUAUAUACCUCUUAAAACUUAAAACUGUACAAAAUUAAUAGCACAAAAAUGAAGACUAGUACGAAGAGGCAUAUAGUUUUGAUGCCAAACACAUUUGUUUGAAUUAUGAUUUGAGAUGAUUUUUUUCAAAUCUUUAUUGAAAGGGUAGCGGGAAAUUCGGGUUUUAUUGAUGUAAUGCAUUAUUUUUCUUCGAACCCCAGUUUAAAAAUAUUUAUGUCAAUUUGCAGAAAUUGUGUUUCAUAUUAGGGGCUGGGCAGAUAAUUUCGCAUUUUGAAAUUGUUUUUUAACUAUAAAAUUUAUUUUUAUCAAUUGACUUUUUACUUUAAUUUAUUUUAACUUCAGACCAGUUUAGUCAUAUUGUAUGAAAUAUACUUGUACUAUUUUAUGAAAUUUUAUUUCAGCUAAUAAUUUUAAUUUCUUUGAGGAUAAAAAUUUAUAUCUACCCUUUUAAAAAUUUUACAAGGAGUACUAAGUGUGGUUUUUAUUUAAUUAAAUUUAACCUAUAUAUCUUUCAGAAUAUAAAAACAAAAUUUAAUUUUUGCAAAUGUUUGAAGAAACUUCAUUUCUGAUGAUUAUUUCUGUAAUGUCAAACUUUUGAAUGUAUUACAUUCAUCUCUAAAUUUCUAAACUAUCUCUAAAUUUCUAAAAUUAACUGCAUUGUUUUCCCGUGCCUUUUAUGUAAAAAUACUCUUAAACACAUCUUGCUGUAAUAAAAAUUAUUUAAUUGAUGAAACAUUUAAUAACAUGUAGUAAAAUGUGACAGUGCUUUAAAUUCAUUUCAUUUUCAAAAUAUAGUAAAUGAUCGUUUCAUACCAAGCUUGUACUAACAGAAGGACAUUUUUGCACUUUUAUGAACUGCUACAUAGCACUUUUCUAAACUUUUUUAUAAUUACAAGCACAACUUUAUAUUACAGGAAUAGUUUUCAAGAACCCCAAUAUACGCUUUUAUACGUAAACUGAUGAACUGCUAACAAACGAAUUAUAUUUUCAUAUCAUUAGUUGUAAAAUAAUUAGCAUAGAUAAGGAACAAGAUCAUUAGGAAAGAUCAAAGGGCUAAAGUAGGAUUACUUUGUACAUAUUCAUGCACAAAUAUUUUCAUAAGAUAUUUCAUCAAUCAUUUUAAUUUGACCCCGAAAUAAAAAAAAUAUAAGCUAAUUUUUUUAAUAAAUAUAUGUAACAUAGUUCAUUUUCAAAUGAGACUGAGGUACUAUAAAAUAUGUAACUGAAAUAAAAAAGACCUUAAAAAUUAAUCAUUUUUGAAAUAUAAUAGGUAAAAUUCAGCAAAAUAUUAUGUCAUUCCAUGAGGAUAUUAUGUAAUAAAGUCGCAUGCAGCUUUGUGGUUCAUUUUUUAUGAUCAGGAGGAAAUUCUUGAUAUUUAUUAUAAAGCAAUCACAAACAAUGCAUCCUUAGAUAUAAGUUAAGUUUCUCAAUUCUGUGCAACAGUAAAGUAUUUUUUUUUUCUAAAAUUAGGAAUAUUUUAAAUAAUAUGUGUUAAAACAAUUAUUUUACCGUAUUUAUGUUUAUGCAGUAGAUAAAAAGAGAUACGUUUUUAGUCCUAAAUCGACAGUAUUAAGCAAUUAAGAGUUAAAUAUAUUUGAUACGUGAAAAUAUUUAGCUUUAAGUAUGUUAUUUGAAAACUGUUAAUUUUGAUACACGCAGAUGUUCUAGAAUAUAAGUAAUUAUACAGAACUGACGUCAAAAUAUUUUGAAUAUAUUCUCAUCAUCAUUUGAAUCUUCACAAUGCACAUGUCAUUUAUAUUUUACUAUAAUCUUUUAUAACAAAAUAAAAUGUAUAAUGUUGUGCAUAA